UCCAGGGUUGUGACUGUCCUCAGAUUAUUUUACUCGUCACAUGGUCACGGAGUCAAACAUGUUUCCAGAGCGACCUCAAGGCCCAUCAUGUCAACAGGCAAAACCCUUCAUCGGCGGAUAUCAGGCAUGAGCUCGUCGUCCAAGAGCAGCGACGAGGCCAGCUUGGUGGACAGAACAAGGGAGACCUCAGCUGGGCGACGCCUACCAGUUCUCCUGGCGCCAGGACAACAGAACAUCAACGGGCACGGACGUAAGUCAGUCACAUCCAAGGACGACAAAAACUACCUGAACCCAAGGGUCAAGAAACAUUCUUUCACAAGCAGUCACGGGGACCACACGGAUUAUCAUAGGACGAGGAAUAUCUCACUUUCUAGUUUUGGUUCUGGUCCGAGAUCACGUGCCGGGACAAUGCAUACAUUUAAAGACAUAGGCACAGCGCUCAUGAAUGGACACCGUUCAAACAAUUGUAAACACGUGCAAUUCCGCUAUGAGAAUAGUUAUCACAUGCCUGAACAAAUAGAACUGACCAACAAAUUCUUACAAAAUAAAGUCGAAAGGAUCAUCGGAGAUGUGCUGGAGAAGAAUUUGAAGGAUUGUGCCUACGACUCCCUCAUCAUGAAGACAGAGAGUCAGAAAGUGAGCAAGAUGAUCUUAGAGAGAGUGAAGUCUCUCGGCUGGGACAGAUAUCGUUAUGUCUGUACAGUCUCCAUUGGACAACAGGGCAAGCAGGCAGUAAAGGUGACCUCCAGGUGUGUCUGGGACACCAGUGUUGACAACUCAGCCAGUGGUGUGUUCGAAAACAGCAGCAUUUACGCUGUGGCUACUGUUUUUGCUGUUUACUUUGAAUAAAAGACAAUCUAACUCAGUUGCAGAGGACCAAAUCGAAAAUGAGCCAUAUCAAUUCAAAGACCACGGGUGGACACUUUCAAAGACCACGGGUGGACACUUUCAAAGACCAUGGGUGGCCACUUUCAAAGACCACGGGUGGACACUUUCAAAGACCACGGGUGGCCACUUUCAAAGACCACGGGUGGACACUUUCAAAGACCACGGGUGGACACUUUCAAAGACCACGGGUGGACACUUUCAAAGACCACGGGUGGACACUUUCGAAACAAAAAACAAAAGCUAGUGUAAUAUAAUUAUGAAAAUUAUUAUUUCAUUUUGUUUAGUAUGAUAACAUCAUGUCAUAGGUGACCGCUUGACAAGAAUGAAAAAUUGGUAUCAAUAAACUCAACA